AUGUCCGACGGUGUAGAAGAUCUAAUUCGCCGUUUCGCCAACAGCCAGGCUGAGAGCGUUAAAGCCAAAGACCCAAAACUUGUCUCAGCCACGUUGGCCGAUAACUGUCGACGUUUCAUUGCGCCUGCGUCGUUCAUGAUCGAAAUGGGCCUCCCCAAACCAGUUAUUGAAGCGGGCUCUCCGAAUGGCCUAUACGAACAGCAUUUCGCUAUGCAGCUCCCGUUCAUCGAAUCAGCUUCAUGCAAUAUACACGACACUUCAUUUGACUCGCAGAAGAAGAAAGCGACAGUACACUUGACGCACCAGAUUAAAUUGCUAGGAGUCGAGGAAGAACUUUUGGUUGAGAAUAUGAUUCUCCUUGAUUUAGAUGAGAAAGGUGAAAGGAUUCAGAAAAUUGUUGAGUUUACGGAUGUCUCUGAGAGUAAAAAAUACAUGGCGGUUCUCCAAGGGUUGGUAGCUGCCAAGUCUGGGGAGUAG